AUGGUCAAGUUGCGUGUCGCCGCGAGGAUCAUCUCUGAAGACGAAUACCUCAGAAGUCUUCAAGGAUCCGCCAGUUCACCGGUCAAAGGCGAGAAGCGGCUAGUUGUGGUUGUGCGAGAACCGUACAAAUGGCAGAUCGGAACUCUAGCUCUCGAGGUGCAGAGAGCGUACCAAAGUUGUUACCAAGUUGAGCUCCCGACCAUCAAGUACCUUAAGGACAACGAAGACGACUGCGAUCUGGACCCUCGCGCAUACGUGUCGGAUCUCCUCCUCGAUGAAGGCAAAGCUCAAAUCGAUGCCUCAGAUCAGCGCGUCACGAUCAAGGUCAUCCUCGAGCAAGGUCGGGCCCUGCGAGAAGGAUCAGUUGCAAUUGGCAGUCAGUUGGACCACCCUGUAUACCAAAUCCAGCUCGAGCAGAGCUCGCGGCCGCCCGUUCCCAAAUUCCCUCCUCAGGCUUCCUCGUUAGGCAAACGUCCAUUUCCUGCCGAUGAUGAUUACGCUUCGACAGCAACUGUGAGCAAGAGACCCCGCCAAGUCGAGAUACCAGAGACACAAAGAGAAGAUCAGACUCCAAUCUCGUCGAUUGAACACGAGGACGGUCAAGGAUCACUCGAGCUAGUGGAGGGCACACAGUUUACAAAUCCGGACCAGGGUGUGCGAGGACGGCAGUCACUCCUCCAACUUAAACAAGAGUCCCCUGAACUACGGAAGCUGCUGCAGAAUGUCGCUCCAGCGACUCUUGACGAGCUUGAGGAAUUGGCAGAACGCCCACCAACCUUUGGGUCCAAUAAGAGACAGAUGAAUGGGUCGGCAUAUCCCCGUGAUUCUCGUCAAUCGCAUCAACCAAACGGGCUCCAACCAUCGAUCGAUUCCUUCGGACGCCUGCAGAGGCGCUCGCAAGGACCUAUUACUCCCCCCUCAGAAUUGUCAAGAAGGCUUUCAACAUCUGCGAACCAUCAGAGCCGACGCGUUGAAGAGGGCGCAAAACCCACUGCUCGGUCGGCAUCAACAUCGGCUAGCAAGUUUAAGAGACGGGACAUAUACGACUAUCCGGAAUCGGAUAUUGAUGACUCGCAAAUGUCCCCGCGGUCACGACAAGCACAACUGAGCAACCGAGACUCAAGGGGCAGAUUAUCGCAUAUUGAGAGCCUACAAUCUCCUCGGGAACACGGAGAAGGCGACGACGGGCUCAGCAUCAGUCAAGCUAUUGAUGUUCUAGAUGAUGAGUCCGUCUUCGAGGACAGCCGCUCUAUCGUUCCUUCUCUGCCAGCAGCUCAGCCCGUCGCUGGCAAGAGGAAUUCAGGCUCCCCUGACGAGUUUGACAACAGCAUCUAUGAAGACGCUGAGAUGGGAGACGGUCAACACUCGGGCCUGAUAGAUACGAACAUGUCCAAAGACACAGGGGGUAAAAAGGCAGCAGAACCUCAGCAGUUAAACGAGGAAGACAAAGAAAACGCACCAUCGGCUACGACAUCUACCACACCCCGCAAGGAUGUUGCGAAGGCCACACAUGCUGAAAACGCUGCAUUAAGAACACCGGGCGAUAUUUACACUGCCAAAUCCACCAGCUUGUCAAAGAACGACCAGGCUGGUGAGAGUCGACCUGAGGCGAAGAGGGUUCGGAAACGCAAAUCAGACACAUUUAGCGCGGAUGGCAGCCAGCAAGGACCUGUACAGCGACCGGACAAGUCUGUCAAGGCUGGUGCAGACAAAAAAGCUAAGCAAGCCCCUAAAUCUAGCAAGAAGACUAAGGAAUCACAGAGGGUGUCCACUCUUGACAGUCCAGGGGAGCAGUUAUCCCAGAAUCUUUGGGAGUCGACGGGCAAUCAACUACCCAUCGAGGAUGUGAACAAGAGACUUGCAAGCGUACAGCAGAAAUCUGCAUUGACAACACCGGCAAAAAAGAAUAAGCCAAAUCAGCCAGACAAAGCUGCCGAGGGGCCAAGUUCUGGAUUGUCACGUUCAACAGCAUCAAAAAAGGAUGGGACAUCCACUACGCCUGCAGAGCGGACCAAGAACAAACGAUCGCUAGAGAAACCAGCUGUGGCACCGGCGACUCCAGGGACGGUUGCAGCCGGCCCUUCGCCCACCAUUGUCCUUCCUGCCUCCCAGCAAGACCAGGGGAAUGCCAAUUUACUUACGAAGCCUCUUCCGAACUGGGGAUCUGCAAACGCUGCCGCUGACAAACGGAGCCCUUCAAGAAGUGUCGUGGGUGGAGAGGGAGUUGCCAAAGAGGUCGACUCAGGAAAGAACUCAUCCGCUCAUCUGGGCUUGACCCCGGAAGAGAUCAAGAUCUUGGAAAGCCGCAAAGACAUGACGAAAGAGCAAUAUGAGGCAGAGAAGAAGCGGCGACAAUUAGAGGCGAAAAAGAUUGCCGAAGGUCAAAAGAAGCAAGGAGCCGCUUCUAAAAAGAAGCCCACCACGGACAGAUCGUGGGUGGACAAGAGCGUAGAGCCGCAGCGUUCCAAGUCCUCUGAACCGAAACCUGCUGGAACAUUGACGAAGAGCAAGACGCCGAAAAGUCAUUCCACUGAAAAUGAUUCACCCAUCCCAGCCAACAAGACAACAAGACCCGCCGCCACUGAUGAUAUCGAAGAACCGAAACAAGGGACAACUAGCUCAGGCUCAGCGAAAGCAAACUCGGUAAGACGGGAGUCGUCCAGCACGACGGUUUCGAAAUCUCAAAUCGCAGAUUCCAAAGUGCCGCCAAAGACCCCCGCAAAAGUACCCACGAAGAGCCCAUCCGUAAAGUCGUCCACAGUCAGCAAGACGCCCAGACCAAGUGUGCCCCCACAACCGACAGGAGGGAGGGCGACGAGCUCUUCUGUGGCCGGGAGAUCAUCCACACCGGCACCGCCGAUCGCAAAGACCGGUGAGUCGAAAGCAGUAGGAAAGACGCCAGCAAAAACUCCUCUUCCAGCGAGAAAACCCACACUAGAAACGGCCAAGCGGCUCGUCGAUCUCCACGAGGUGGUCCGCAGCGCAAACAAAGCAGCCAAGUCUGUAGGGGACAGCAUGCUUUCUCGUUUGAACGCAGCCAAGCAGAAGCAGAAGCCGUCUAUCUUCACUGUCGAUGAUGAUGACGACGACGAGGAAGAGGAGAGUGACGAUAGCGAGGACGACGAUAAGGAAGGGGAGGUGAAGAAGGUCUUUCCGGCUACUCGCAAGACUGCAGGUGGUCAGGACGAGAGCAAGAAGAGGAGCAAUGACAAGCACGACGAUGAUGAUGACUCGUCGACCUCGUCAACGUCAUCGGAGGAAGUAGGGGAGAAGGACCCGACUGGAAACAGAACGAAUCAACCGAAAGGGAAACCGUCCGCUCGACCUGUUCCGAGGACGCGGGAUGAGCGCGGCGCAUCAGAUGAUGACGACUCCUCCUCCUCCGACGAUAACGGUUCCAGCGACGAAGACAGUGGUGAGGGUGAUGAACUGUAG